AUGGAUUCUAUCAAUGUAACGUACUUGGACCCCCACAUGGAGUACCAAGAAUUCCUCGUAUCCAUUGACGGAAGACAGAAUUACAUCUGGAACCGAAUGGACAUUGACGAAAGUUCUUCGAUAGACAAUUGCUUUCAACAGAACAGGCUUAACGAAGAGGGCGACUUGUUAAAGGAGAAUUCUGAAGGGAAAAGGAAACAUCUUUUAGCUCAUUUUGACAGAGGAAGCUAUAUUCUCAAAAUGAUGAAACUAGCCAUCCUUAUGUUCUGCAUCGCUGCUGCUACCGCUGGCAUUAUGCCGUCUCCCAUUGAAUCCGCUCCUUCCAAUGUCGAAGCAGACAUGGAAGCGUCAGCCUCGCAUCAUGGCUUGUAUGAGAGAAACAUCGGCAUUUACGCUGGUGCCUUGCCCUCUGUUUAUCCCGCUUACCCAGCACCUUACUACCCUAGCUAUUCUCCAGGUUAUAUUCCUACCGCUUAUGGAUAUCCUUACCGCCCCUAUCCAAGCUAUGGAGUUGGUGUGUUCGCAGGCUGAUCAGUUUUCACGGGAAGGCUUAUUUCUAAAUGCUGCAUCUAGCAAAGUCUUUGCUGAACAGUGGAA